AUGCAGCGAAUAACACCAAUAAUAUUAUAUCUGAGCCUCGGUGUACUGCAGACUCAAUAUAUUCUCAAUGUUGGAAUUAGCAUUGAAGAGGUUGUGCUUCAAGUCAAUCGUGAACAUAAUAUUGAAAUCAAUAUAUUUGUUAAUAUAAAUCAUGAGGUGCAAAAAUUACAAAUGGAGGACCCUCUUGAUCAAUUGGCACACCAAUACCAUAACCUUCCAAAAAUAAUCGAAACAAAUACGAGUGCUGUCAAACAACUUAGGGGAGCACAUUCAGCAAACAGUCUUACCAUGGUUUUCAUCACAUGGGAAAACGUAAAUACUACAUUUUUGGCCCUGGAUAAGCUGUUGCAUGAACUGCACUUUACAUCCAUAAUUUUUAUCUACCUCAACCCAUACGAACUGGAGCGGGAAUUAAUGUAUAUUUUUCACAUGUGCUGGAAUUAUGGAUUUACUAGUGUCAUGGUCUGGAGUGAUCAAAAACUCUAUACGUAUCAUCCAUAUCCGAAGGUAGAGAUAAAACAUGUAAACAAUGUUUCACAGUUUGCUGACAAAUCCCACUUAGAGAAUUUUCAUCAAUUUGAGUGGUUGCAACCUACCGUCGAAUUUCCUCCGCGUUUCUACAGCUAUACUAAUCGCUAUGGACAGAAGGUCUAUAGUGGAUACUUGUACAAGUUAAUCUAUCUUUUUUUAACCGGCCACAAUGCGAGCAUCGAGUUUUUCCUGUUUGAUAUGUGGUCCACCAAUGACUCUAAUCAGAAUCUCUUACAAAAAUGCUCUGUUAAAAGAUGUGCUUUAGCACCAGUGCUGUACAAUUAUCAUCCCACAAUUUUGGCCAGUUAUUGUCCCUAUCUGGCCAAAGGAUUAUUUAUAGUGCCCUCUGCUAAGGAAAUUCCAGAAAGUUUGUAUUUGAUAAUGCCAUUUGAUGCACCGAUUUGGUUUAUUAUAAUUUUCUGUGGAUUUCUUUUUUUCAUACUGAUAAAUGGCAUUGCAACGUUGAGGCAUUCCAAUUACGAUUUUGGUCAUGCGUUUUUGGAUGCCUUCAAAAUAAUAAUGUUUUUGGCUGUAUCAUCUUCGAUGGAGAGAUCCUUAAAGAAUUUUGGCUUAAAUUUGCUUUUCCUCUUUACCGGCAUCUUUUUGACCAACUACUAUGUCAGUUCAUUGUGGAGUCUCUAUACCUCCAAGGUAUAUGAAACGGAGUUGACACUUCUGGCUGAUAUUGAGCGAACGAAUCUGAAAAUAUUCGUUUACGAACCGGACCUGGAGAAUUUUGCACUAUUGGAAUCUUUGCCUCCCAUUAUAUCUCAGCGCUAUUAUCCUGGUGACAAAUCAUUGUUUCAUCAAUAUCGCAAAAACUUGAACAUGACAUAUUUGUACACGGGCUUGGAGGACCUUGUCGAUUAUAUAUUCUUACAGCAAACUUUUUUAAAGAGACCCUUUGCCAAGAAGCUUAGCGAGACAUUUUUCCAUCAACCAUUUAUUGUUGCCAUGGUACAUCGAUCACCUCUUUAUGAGCAAUUUAAUAGAUACCUGUCAAGGAUUUUUGAGCAUGGUAUAUUGUCGAAAUUUAUCACUGACUCAUAUUGGGAGGGUAUUGUAGGUGGAGAAUUUAAAUUGUUAAAAGACCCUGCGGAGCAGUAUGUAGCUCUUAACAUGACAUAUUUUCAAUAUGCAUUUGUAAUUCUAGUAUUCACAUGGAUUGGAGCUUUUCUGGUAUUGCUCUUAGAAUUAGCUUGUCAUUCGUCUUAG